AUGGAAGGCAGAGGACUGGGUGUGGUGGCGAGUCUUGGGAAAGGCAAAUGUUUACCAGUGGAUCAUGCUGUUGAUGAAGAUGAUUAUGAUCGAUUUCAAAGUGCAUCUAAACUUGGCAUUAGAUUGGAUUUCACCCCUUUUUUUGGCAAACAAUUAGCCGAUUGGAACUUGGCCCCCUUUUUAACAGGCAUGUUUUUGAAAACAAUGCAGAGCAAACACCGGUAUGACCGUAUCGGCAUGACUUCGGAAGAUGAAGCAUCAAUUCUUGAUCCUGCCCCAUCUACUCUACGAGACGGGGGACUGGUCCAAGAACGUAACGAACACCAACCAAGAGGGAAUAUAUCACCAGGCAGGUGCAGAGCACGCACCGCCUGUCGGAAUGGCCUUAUCGGCGCUAUCAGCUUUAGGCCUCGGCCUUGA